AUGGAGACCGCAAUUCAAGAAUUCGCGAACAAGCGAGGGAUGAAGAACCUCGAGAAGAUAACAAAAAUCCCUCUCGAAGGAGAAGGUUCCAUAGAAACUCGUGUCAGCAAGCUAUUCCGCCAUUGGCAAGAAAACCCGGAAUGGAUCGAUGACCUGCAUAACGCUGACGCUAUUUUUAUCGCCACUCACUCCCAAGGAUGCAUUGCUUCCACCCAACUAUUGGAUCGUCUUAUCGCGGACGGACACAUCAACACUGGAAAGAACUGGGAGGCGGUGGUCCGUGCUGGGGAUCUCUACGGUUUUAUGCCGAGAAAAGACCCUCAGCGCCUGUGCCUUCUCGGUCUUUGCGGCGUCCAUCAUGGCCCUCUCUAUUGGCUCAACAAUUCAACAGUGGUGAACCCAUACAUUACGUAUUUCGAGUCUCCCGCUGCUCGCGAACUGUUUGAAUUCCAGGAUUCAGAGAGCGCAGCAUCCAUUAACUACACUGUUGCUUUGCGGCGUGUACUUGAUCAUGGGGCUAAAAUGGUCUAUGUUGCGUCAUUAAAUGAUCAAGUAGUUCCGAUUUACUCCGCUUCUUUCACCGCCGCGUCCCACCCCUCGAUUCUCAGAGGGUUGUAUGUUGACGGGGAUGCCUACAGCUCGAGUGAUUUCCUGUCGAAUCUCAUUGUUAUGCUUCUUCGAAUACGGAAUGCAGGGCUCGAUGAUGGCGGCCUACUGGUCCAACUCUCCGAAGCCACCGCAGGAUCACUAUCUGGCGUAGGGCAUAGCACGGCGUACGAAGAGCUAGCGACUUAUAGUCUCGCCGUUCGCUUCUUAUUUGAAACGAAUGAUAUUCAAGUUCCUACAAGCCUCAAGCUUGAACCUUUCCAAGCACGUGCACCACGGAACGAUUAUGCGAUACCUUGGUCGUUGCGUGGCUUGAUCGAGGACCGCCGGAUUGCGUUGUUGUUCGCGCCAGAACUGGAAGAAUUGCGAGGAGCAUUUGAUCAGUGGCAACCCAAAACAUCGAUCCUCAGAGAUGUGCGGCGCAAAUUGGAGCCGAUUCGCCAAGGUCCCAGGAAAGGCCCUGCUGUGGGUUCAAGCCCUGACCCUGACCCCAGCAGCCUCUCUUCGGGUGAUAGUUCGCGUGCUGUUGGCAGCAAGCUGUGA